UUCCGAAAUUAAUGCAUGGCCGGCAAUUAAAUGUGAAUAAAAUGUUAAAGUUAUCGGGCUAAAAAAGAAAAGGAAAACACAACCCCAACAACCCAGUGACGUUUUCUUAAAGAAACGCAAAAGAAGAAGACUAGAUGAAAAUGCAGUGGUUAGAACAGGACAACUCCCGUACUUUUCCCGUGGUUAACCGGGUCAUCGAUGGAGACCCAGUUCCGGAGCCCGAACCGGAAGAAGAUUGGUCGGACGACGAUGACGAUUCGUACGAAGAUGAUUACUACGAUAACUAUGCCAAUUACUAUGAUGAGAACUAUGCCGAUAACUCCCAUGACGACCCUCCCGAUUCUCCGGCUCCAAUUGCUUAACUUUUUUACUUUCGAGACCGGCUUUCCAUGAUCUUUAACUAUUUUUAUUCAUUAAUUCUUCAAUUAUUUGCUGCUUACAAGCUGAAUAAAACAUUCACUUUUUAAACUCU